AUGGAAAUUGUAAAAGUUAAGUGCAGGAACACCUUGAUUUUCAAGGCAUGGAAACGAUGUCUAUCACUAGUAGCUGGCAACAAAAAAUGUUGUUCAUCUUCAUCUACCACUUUCAGUUCAUUGACAAACCGCAAAAAGAAUCGUCAAGUAGCUCCGGAAGGUUGUUUCACAGUCUAUGUUGGACCUCAAAAACAACGAUUUGUGAUCAAGACCAAGCUUGUUAAUCAUCCUUUGUUCGCGAUGCUGCUAGAGGAUGCUGAAUUGGAAUAUGGGUACAAUAGUGAAGGCCCUCUUGUGCUCCCUUGUGAUGUUGAUUUGUUCUACAAAGUGUUGGCAGAGAUGGACAGCAGCGAGGAUUUUAGUCCUGGUUGCGGCUUUGCUAAAGGUUAUUCCUUAAUUCUGCCAAGUCCAGCUCGUAGAUGCAACAUUGUUAGCAUUAACAAGGAUCAUGAUGCCUAUAGUCUUCUUAGUCCAUCAAAUUCGAUGAUUAAGAUGAAUCAACUAUGA